GUUAAGCGGCGAAUCCGUGGGGAGCAAAGGCGUCUUUGCUCCGCGGAACUGGAGGGGCUCUCCCUGGUCCGGUGUGAGAUCCCUCCAGGCUUCCCAGCAGCAACCAAAUAACCUGCGCGGCCAGGAGCGAGGAUGGAGUGUCUGGUGUUCAGAAGGCUCGUCUGUCAUCUGUCUACCUUCCAACUGAUUUGGCUCUUGGCAGCACUGGUGUUAUGCAGGGCACAAGUGGUGACCCAGGACGUAAAAGCGCUGCUGAACACACCUGCUUCUUUAAGAUGCUCUCUGCAACAUCCCCAAGAAGUUUUGAUUGUGACAUGGCAAAAAGUCAAGGCUGUAAGCCCAGAAAACAUGAUCACCUACAGCGAGAACCAUGGGGUUGUAGUCCAGCCUGCCUACAAGGACAAGAUAAACAUCACCCAGCUGGGACUCAUGAACUCAACCAUUACCUUCUGGAAUACCACCUUGGAGGAUGAGGCGUGUUACAAGUGCCUCUUUAAUACCUUUGGUUCUGGAAAGAUCUCAGGAAUAGCCUGCCUCACUCUCUCUGUACAGCCCACAGUAUUCCUUCACUAUAAAUUAUCUGAAGAUCACCUAAACAUCACUUGCUCGGCCACUGCUCGCCCAGCCCCUCUGAUCUCCUGGAAGGUCUCUGGGUCCGGGAUUGAGAACAGUACUGAGAUCGUCUCACACCCCAAUGGAACAACAUCUGUCACCAGCACCCUCCAGAUCAAAGACCCCAAGAGACAGGUGGGGAAGGAUGUGAUCUGCCAGGUGCUACACCUGGGGACUGUGACUGACUACAGGGAAACUGUGAACAAAGGCUUUUGGUUUUCAGUUCCACUGCUGUUAAGCAUUGUCUCCUUGGUAAUUCUUCUGGUCUUAAUCUCAAUUCUACUCUACUGGAAACGUCAUCGGAACCAAGAUCGAGAGCCCUAGAGGAGUCACACAGAACCCUGAAAGUUAUUUCCUGGUCUACUUGAAUCUGACUCAGGAGGCAAGCAGAAGAAAGAGGGUCAUUCUCCAAGGAACCUAAAAGAGCAAAAAAAUGGGAGUCAAAGGCCUAAGAAUUUCAAGACUUUCCACUGCCACGCAGGCCACCCAGUGCUUCUGUGAGUUCCCAGAGGAAGUCAUUUUACCUCUCAGGUCUGUUGUAGGACUUGGUUUUGCAAAAUGAUGCAGUGUUGUGCUGUUGAAAGGAUACUGGACUUGGAGCCAGGAGCCGCCACUCGGAGGUUGACUUUGACUCCAACUGGUGGCAACUCUGUGUUAACCAUAUCUCAUCGAACUUUCACGUUUGCAUCCAGAAAGUUAAGAAGUUGGACCGAAUAAUUUGCCAUUCUGCUCUAAAAACAGAUGUCAUUCCAGGAAAAAAAAAAAGGAUAAAUAAAGAGAAAAGAAAUGAAAGAGAGAAGAAUACAGGAAGAUAGGGACCAAAGAACUUUUCUGAGACUGCCUUUUGCCUUUCUCUGGAUAUGCCAUCUCUUCUUCCCUUCUUCUUUGGUCCAUAAGUCUAUUUCCUCAUCACUGGGUAUCUUGUCCACUGCCUGCUUACUGUUUUUGCUAUUAACUGGUCUUUCUAGAAGUCUCAGUUUCACUGCUCUUCUUCAUGUACUUCUAUGAUGUUUACCACAAUGGACGUGGAACUGAAUUUAUUGUGAAGUAACAUUGGCAACCUUAACUUUGCUUAUCUGUUUUUAUAGCAGACUAAAUAUUGUUAGUCUUAGACAGCAACUUGCAUUUUUUAAAAAGCAUGCAUUUCUCAUCCAUUUGUCUCAUAAUAUGACCCAGUCCUAUUUUAAUCAUUCUAAAUUCAACCUAGUAUAAUGAAAUAUAUUAUGAAAAGAGGUGUUUAGAAAGUUUUCUGAAUAGCAGUCAGUUAAUUCAAAUGCUUUGCCUCCCCCAACUUUUUUUCUUAUAAGGUAACUUGUCACAAUAGCAGAGGAAGCAUGUAUGGCUGUACAAAUUCCUUUGUUGUAAACACAUUGUUCUAACUAGUGGAACAGUUUUGAACUCUUAAAUCAUCAUUGGACCAAGCUGGUGAGUUUUUCAGUAUCUUUUGCUUUCUUGUCUGUAUCCAGUGACCUAGGAACUAAAACUUAAGUUGUCUUUAUUGUUGUAUUGAAUAUUUAUAUAUUUAGUAAGCUUUUUGUAUGUUAUUUAAUUAAGUAUUAUUUCAUAUAUUUGUAUUAAUAUACUAAAUAAUUAAAAGUGUCUAACUACUUGGCUCAUGAUAUUCUCUUGGGGAAUGUGGAAAAUGUGGACAUUAAUGAUAAUACUUAUAUUUUCCCUCUGUGUGUGAAGCCCUCCCCUCUCUCUCUCAGUCUUCUAAAAGAUGCUGUUGACAUUUCUGAUUUCUCACAACAUCACAAGUCAGAUGUCCUUCUGUGACCAGUGAGAGCUCCUUCAUGUUGGUGAUAUGACCCUGUCAGUUUUGGAGCACUUCCUUAUAUAUGCUGUUUUGAUUUUGCUUUUAGAUACUAACCUUUUCAAAUGAAUUAGCUUGCACAGCUUUGAAUUUAGUAGGACUUAAUAUCCUGCUUCUGAUUUAGCUAUAUUUCUGGCAUCUCAGUUGCCAGAUCAGAUCAUGUAACUUAAAGUAGUAGCUCCAAACAUUUAAAGGUCUCAGGGCCCCUUUAUACAUGUAAAAACAUCAUUGAGGACCCAAAGAGCUUUCUUAUAUAGGAAAUUAUGUCUGUUGAUAUUUACCAUAUUUGAUAUUAAAACCAAUACAUUACAAGCAUACAUUUCAUUGGGUCAUCAGAGUGAUGGUAACAUUGUACAUCAGAUAACUUCUGGAAAGCUCCACAACACAUUUGUAAGAGAAUAAAGAAUAAGGAAUUGGUGUGAUUAUGACAGUAGUUUUGACUUUGUGGAGCCCCUGAAAUGGUCUCAAGGGCACUUUUAAGGACUGCUCACUUAAAGAAUAGGCAAAGAAGGAGACCAUCUUAUGAGAUUUCGUGAGUGCCCAAAGGCACUCCUUUAUGAAAUAGCUAUCUUCAUAGUGCCUAAGCAUUCCACCAUAAUUUUAUUUAGGCCAUUACCUUUCUGGGAAUUCCCCUGCAGAGAAGCCUUGGUCUAACCCUUCUUCCUAAUAAUUAAAUUGAUGUAUUAAAUGGCUAAUCCGUUACCUUGGAAGAUAUUGAGAGGCUUGGACUUAGAAUUGGUAGACUUUGAUGGGACAGACUUGGGAGGUUCAUAGGAGUGGAGAGAGGCCCUGGAAGGCACAGCUCAGAGCGCCUGAUUCUGAGAAGGCAGAUCCUAGGGGAGAACCAGUGCUUCCCGGUGAGUGCUGUCCUCAUGCUCCUGGGAGGGGCUCACCAGUUCCCCCUUAACUCAUCCUGCUCCUUUCCAUCAGGAGAGCUUUUUCUGAAAUUGUGAGUUAGAAGAAGACAGUUUGGGCUUUGUCUAUUUAUCAAGGUUGUGGAAGUUGCAAACAUUUGAGUCACUUAGAAUAACUCAGUCACAAAAUUUUCUUGGCAGUAAAAAUUUAUAAACUUUCCAGGGUGAUGGUAAAUGAGCUCAGCGAUAAGGGAAAGUAAAAGAAGUUUUCUGUGCUAAAAUAGAACUAAAACUCAAGAUGAGAAUGUGGGGGGAGGGGUUGGAACUUUUUAACCACUAACUAAGUAACAUUUCAAACAUACAAGUUCAAACAAUACAAAAAAUACAAAAUCCACAUGAUGGCCAGGGACUAUGAGGCUUUGUUUAGAAGAGUUUUCUUGGACCAACUUUCUUCUACGGUUAUUUAGCU